AUGGCAACCGUUACACCCACAAGAUCUCGGUUACAUCCCUCUAAUCCAAAUUCUUCAAGUUUCUUCAAAGCCCAUUUAAGUUCGAUCUAUUAUAGGAAAACCCAUUUGGGAUUUCAACCAAAUGUUCCAAGAAAAUGGGUCAAUUUGUCAGUGGGGGGUGGUGUAAGAAUAGGAAGAACUCAGCACCCUGUGGAGAUCAAUAAGAGACAGAGAGGAUGUGUUGUGAGGUGUACGGCAGAGGGGAUAGAGAGGGGAUUGCUGGUGGGAGGGAGAGGAGAAGAAGGUAGAUUCGAGAUGCCGGAGAGGUUCAAGGUGGUGGCUUUAAUGGCGUGUGUUAUGUGUUUGUGCAAUGCAGACAGAGUUGUUAUGUCCGUGGCCAUUGUUCCCCUAGCUGCCAAACAUGGCUGGAACAGCUCUUUCUUGGGCAUUGUCCAGUCAUCGUUCCUAUGGGGAUACAUAUUUUCAUCAGUUAUUGGAGGAGCCUUGGUUGACAGAUAUGGAGGAAAGAGAGUGAUUGCUUGGGGCGUGGCAUUGUGGUCUUUAGCAACUCUGCUCACACCCUGGGCGGCAAACCAUUCAACAGCCAGCCUCUUGGCUGUUCGUGCUUUCUUUGGAUUCGCUGAAGGAGUAGCUCUACCUUCCAUGAAUACCCUUUUGUCAAGGUGGUUUCCUAGCCAUGAACGCGCUACUGCUGUUGGAUUAUCUAUGGGUGGAUUUCACCUUGGAAAUGUUGUGGGCUUAGUAAUAACUCCUUUGGCAAUGUCAUCAAUUGGAAUUGCCGGUCCUUUCAUUCUCUUCUCAUCUCUCGGACUGCUCUGGCUAACGACAUGGACCUCUCGAGUCACAAAUGAUCCACAAGAAAGCCAUUCUAUCAGUAAAUCAGAGCUGCGGUUAAUCCAAGCUGGAAAAUCAGAUUCCCCUGUAAACAAGGGCAAGCUUCCACCUCUGCGUCUCCUUUUUUCGAAGAUGCCUACAUGGGCCAUUAUUUUUGCUAAUGUUACUAACAAUUGGGGCUACUUUGUUCUCCUCUCUUGGAUGCCUGUAUAUUUUAAAACCGUGUACAAUGUUAAUUUGAAGCAAGCGGCUUGGUUUAGUGCGGUCCCAUGGGGAACCAUGGCAAUAUCUGGCUACUUUGCUGGGGCAGCAUCAGAUUUCUUAAUCAAAAGAGGAUAUUCUUUAACACUAGUCCGGAAAAUCAUGCAGUCUAUCGGUUUCAUUGGACCUGGGAUGGCAUUGCUAUGCUUGAACUACGCCAAGACACCAGUGGCUGCAGCCAUGUUGAUCACAGUGGCUCUAAGCUUGAGCGCUUUCAGUCAAGCAGGCUUUCUGCUGAAUAUGCAGGUAAGAUCCAAAUUUAUUGCAAAAACUUUUUAAGUUUUAAC